ACUGCCAGGCAGAUAAGAAAGUCUGUAGACGUUGCUCUUGUUUGUAUCCCCGGGUUUCACCGAAUUGGCCAGUGCAUGUGUGUCCAUUCACACUAGAGAGUGUCUUGAGGCACUUGAAAAGUUUCAGGGUUCGGUUUGUAUGAUUUUUCAUGGCGCUAAUUCCUCCCUCAGCCAUCUCGGUUCCGCUGGUGGGUGGCCCCUCUCAGCCACGCUGGCGAGUGGGGGUGGCAGCCGGAGCUGCUGCCCUUUGCCUGCAGGAACCAUGCCGAUCGGUGUGAUGCUCCGAUGGAACGAGGAGAAGGGCUUUGGCUUCAUCCGUCCAAUGGAUGGAGAGGGCCCGGAUCUCUUCUGCCAUAAAUCCGCCUUGCUGGACGGGGACGGCAGCGUGUGGGAUGGUGACGAGGUGAAAUUUGUGAUGGAGUAUGACGAAAGGAAGGGCAAGGAUCGCGCAAUCGAGGUGGAGCGCUACAUUCGCAGCAGUCAAUCCCCCCCGCCCCAGAGGCCGCCGCCACCAAGUGCCCGAAGAGAAGGUGACUGGGAUUGCCCGAAGUGCAAGUUCAUGGUCUUCGCAACAAAAUCAGAAUGCAUGAAAUGCGGCACAAGAAGAGAGGAUGCGGACAGGAUUCGAGAAGAGAUGGCCGAAGCAUCAAAGAAGGAGUCGAAGGAUGGAAAAAAGGAUGGAAAGGAUGGAAAGGAUGCUAAAGAGAAGGACGCUAAGGAUCACAGCCGAGACCGCCGCCGCCGCCGCAGCCGCGAGAAGGAAGAGCGGAGCCGCGGGCGACGCCGCGAGCGCAGCCGCUCGAGGCGGCGAAGCCGGUCCAAACGCUCCAGAGGCAAAGAUCGUGACCGCGACCGGCGGCGACGCAGCCGCAGCUGAGUGACGCGGCGGAGCGUGACUGGUGUAGAGUGGCGGAGAAAUGUGGCACCACGG